GUAGCUCUAUAUUCCUGCUGCAAGUCCACAGACAAAAAGCAUCUCUUCCAGCUGAGCAGAAGGGAGGUGUUGAUAGCUUUCUAGGCAGCUUAUGCACAAAAGGCACAAACCACUGGAAACUGGGGGAACUAUUGUCUCAUUGUGGAGAUGAAGAGGGAGGUGAUGAGGAAAAAGAGAGACAACAUCUGAUCAACAGGGAUACAUCUUUACAGAUUUCCUAAGUGACUGAUUGCUUCAGGAAUUGAACUACAUGCCUGCACCUGCAACAUAGUAUUAUCCCACCCAUCUGUUGAUGAGUGACUGGUGUUGGUUAUCUUCUCUUAAAAAAAAUUAAUUACGUUUUAUUUUUUUAAUUAAAUCGUGAAGUUCAAGCCUGAGUACUGUACAGCUGAGUCUAUCUGGAGCAUCGAAAAGGAUAUUCUUUUUCACCUUUUCCUGGAAUUGAUGACAACAAUUCAACCAGAAAACCCAUUAUGAUUUUCCCGGAAGCCACUGUAUGCAAAAUGAAAAUCCUAAAGCUCGACUAAGAAGACUGUAUUUUGGCUUGAACCUUACAGGUUGCCUUUGGACAGAGAUCAUUAUGUUAACUGACCCCACAUCAGAAUUAAACAGCCCGGGGUCUCUACCUAACAAUGCCCAGGAAACCACUAUCCAGAACAAAACAGGAAGGAGGAAGAAGAGCAUGCUGAAACAGUCAUGGAUGGAGAUCACCAUAGCCUUCAUGAGGAGGACCAAGGUCCACGGGCUGAAGUUUGUCUUCUCCCCAGACAAGACCUUACCCCAGCGGGUCCUCUGGCUCCUGGCCUUCUUUGUGUGCAUGGGUCUCCUGUUCACCUGGUCCUGGAACCGCAUCCUCUACCUGAUGUCCUACCCGGCCGUCACCAAGAUCAAGAUGGUGUGGGCUCACAACAUGUCCUUCCCGGCCGUGACCUUCUGCAACCACAACCUGUUCCGGGUGUCCAGUCUGACCAAGGCUGACCUGUACCACAGCGGCUACUGGAUGGACCUGAUGCACCAGAACCACACGGUCAUGGAGAGGAGCCUGGCUCUUCUGAGGGACAACCACAAGUACAGCCUCCUCAACCUGCUGGACUUCAAUGGCUACACCCCGUCUCCACAUUACCAUGUCAACACAACUGAGAUGAUUGGCAGGCUGGGCCACCAACUGGAGGACAUGUUGCUGGAAUGCAGAUUCCGGGGGGGGAACUGCACCCACCAGAACUUCACCACUAUUUACACGCGGUACGGAAAAUGCUACACGUUCAACUCUGGUUUGGAUGGCAACCCGAUGUUGACAACGUUAAAAGGCGGGACAGGAAAUGGGCUGGAGAUCAUGUUAGAUAUCCAACAAGAUGAAUACUUACCUGUUUGGGGAGAGACAGAUGAGACCUCGUACGAAGCAGGCAUCAAGGUUCAGAUUCACAGCCAGGACGAACCUCCCUUCAUUGACCAGCUGGGAUUUGGUGUGGCCCCUGGUUUUCAAACUUUUGUGUCAUGUCAGCAGCAACUGCUUCAGUACCUCCCUCCACCUUGGGGAGACUGCAAGUCCACUCCCAUCGACUCUGAGUUCUUCUCCACGUACAGCAUCACAGCCUGCCGUAUCGACUGUGAGACACGCUACCUGGUGGAGAACUGUAACUGCAGGAUGGUCCACAUGCCUGGGACCGCAACGGUAUGCACACCCGAGCAGUACAAAGACUGUGCAGACCCAGCUUUAGACUUCUUGGUAGAGAAAGACAACGACUACUGUGUGUGUGAGACACCCUGCAGCAUGACACGAUAUGGCAAGGAGCUGUCCAUGGUGAAAAUACCCAGUAAAGCCUCUGCCAAAUAUCUGGCCAAGAAAUUCAACAAAACUGAACAGUACAUUGGAGAAAACUUACUAGUCCUGGACAUCUUCUUUGAGGCAUUGAAUUAUGAGAAGAUUGAACAGAAGAAGGCAUAUGAAAUUGCGGGGUUGCUUGGUGACAUUGGUGGGCAGAUGGGUCUGUUCAUUGGAGCCAGUGUUUUAACGAUACUGGAAAUAUUUGACUACUUAUAUGAGGUAUUUAAGGAUAAAGUUUUGGGUUACUUCAUGCGCAAGAAACGACCGCAGCGUUGUCCAAGCGACAAUCUGGAGUUUCCAGAGAACCCAACCAGCCCUGGUGUCACGCCUAAUCAUGCCCCCAGAGCACCUGUGACACCCUCCGGAGUCACUCGGACAGUCUCGGAUUCACGCCGAACAUGUUACCUCGUCACCCGACUCUAGGCAACUUUGAGGAGUUUGCUUGUUGACGACAUAAAGCUGGGUGGGGGGAAGGGGAGGGUGGCACGUGGGAUCUUCGGGGUUUGACAGAAAACUGUGAAAUAACUUAUGUAUUAUUACAAACAUGGUUAGUGUAGAGUAGUAGGAUCUAGCGAUUGCCUGAAUAGAAAUAGAACACUAUCAUAAGAAUAAAACCAUUUCCAAAGCAGAACUCAGGUGACGGACAUAUCAAGGCGUCGACGACACUAUUUAUUUGAUGUUCCAUUCAUGUUGCAUUCUAUUAAACAGGGUGACAUUAGUGUGUUUGAAUUGGUUUUAAUCAGCCUAGUAAUGUAUAAGCCUAGAAAUGUGUAAGACUAGUAAUGUAUAAGACUAGUAAUGUAGAUGGAAAGGACUUCAGAGUGGUCUCAGUUCAUGUCAACUUAUUUAUAACAUUGUAAUAUACUCAACAAAAAUACAAACACAACAUGCAACAAUUUCAAAGAUUUUCCUGAGUUACAGUUCAUAGGAAAUCAGUCAAUUGAAAUAUAUGAAUUAGGCCCUAAUCUAUGGAUAUCACAUGACUGGGAAUACAGAUAUGCACUUGUUGAUCACAGAUACCUUUAAAAAAAAGUUGGGGUGUGGAUUAGGAAACCAGUCAGUAUCUGGUGUGAACACCAUUUGCCUCAUGCAGCGCUAAACAUUUCCUUCGCGUAGAGUUGAUCAGGCUGUUGAUUGUGGCCUGUGAAAUGUUGUCCCACUCCUCUUUAAUGGCUGUGUGAAGUUGGUGGGAACUGGAAGGCGCUUUCGUACACGUCAAUCCAGAGCAUCCCAAACAUACUCAAUGGGUAACAUGUCUAGUGAGUAUACAUGCCAUGGAUGAACUGGGAAAUGUUCAGCUUCCAGGAACUGUGUACAGAUCCUUGCAACAUGGGGCCGUGCAUUACCAUGCUGAAACAUGAGUUGAUGGUGGUGGAUGAAUGGCACUACAAUGGGCCUCAGGAUCUUGUCACUGUAUCUCUGUGCAUUCAAAUUGCCAUUGUGCUCGUUGUCCAUAUGCCUGCCCAUACCAUAACCCCACCACCACCAUGGGGCACUCUGCUCACAACGUUAUCAUCAGAAAACAGCUCACCCACACAACGCCAUACACGUGGUCUGCGGUUGUGAGGCUGGUUGGAUUCUAGCCAAAUUCUCUAAAACGACGCUUAUGGUAGAGAAAUGAACAUUCAGUUCUCUGGCAACAGCUCUGGUGAACAUUCCAACAGUCAGUAUGCCAAUUGUAUGCUCCCUCAAAACUUGAGACAUCUGUGGCAUUGUGUUGUGUGUCAAAACUGCACAUCUUACAGUGGCCUUUUAUUGUCCCCAGCAGAAGGUGCACCUGUGUAAUGACCAUACUGUUUAGUCAGAUAACUGAUAUGCUACACCUGUCAGGGGGAUGGAUUAUCUUGGCAAAAGAGAAACGCUCACUAACAGGGAUAUAAAAAAAUUUGUGCACACAAUUUGAGGGAAAUAAGCUUUUUGCGUAUGGAACAUUUCUUGGAUCUUUUAUUUCAGCUCAUGAAACUUGGGACCAACACUUUACAUGAUGCAUCCAUAUUUUUGUUCAGUGUAGCAGUCAAUUUUGAUGUGCUGAAUAUCAAAUUGAGAGGCUAGCCAUGGUUAGCAUGUGUAGCAUCAGCAUAGCCAGGUCCAUUCAUUAGUAGAAUCAAGAGGGUUUUUAAAGACAUAUUCAGGUUACCACUCUUUCAUUUAUAACUAAUUGAGAGUAAGAUAAUGCAGAUUUCAGUGAUGCCCACUCAACUAUGAUCACAAUGCUCAAAGGAGAACAGCAGAACUAACUUGAAACCCCCAGUAAUAGACAGUUCGCAGUAAUUAUGUUGCCUUCGUACUCAAGUGAUUCUGUUCAGAGAUUGAUCCUAUCACUGAUUUGAAACUAUAAACCAUCAAGUAAUGAAAGCCUCUUGCGUUAGGUCCCCAGGAAGAGAAACUAUUGCAAGAUUAUUGAAUGCAAUUCUUUGUUUACAAGUUACAUAUUGUAAAAAAAAAGUUUUUAUGUUUUCACAUAUGAACAAUCACAACUUUUCCAUAAGAUUUGGGGAAAAUAGGAACAUUUCCCAUUGUUAUAUAUAGUGCUCCACAUGCAUUUCAUCUGUGUACUGCUGAAAAAAUGUACAUCAAUGACAACAUUUUCUUCUGUCGUGGUUUCCCAUUUUUUUCUGGGAAUAGAGUUGUCGUACUGACCGUACUGUCACUGGAAAAGGACACUCUUCACAGGAGUCUGCUGUAACUCAGCCCCCACUCUAAUCACCACUUUCAAUAGAAUAGACAAACAAGCAAGACGAUCCACCCAAACUUAAAGUUAGUUUAUGUGGGUGUUGUUCAAAUGGUUUUGUUCCAUGACCAUGGCUUUUAACUGCUACAUAAACACUCAUUAGCACACGUCCCCUGUGAUAGUAAACUAUUCUCUAUUGGGAACUAGUGGAGUACAAACAUUGUCAAGGUGGUAUUCUGAAUAUUGAUUGAAAUGUGUAAAUACCAGAUCAAAAUGCCAUUAAGAAAUUCAAUCUCGCUCAUGUGUUGAUAUGUUUAUAGUAUGUAAAAAAUAAAUAAAAAAGACUAAAAAAUGUAUCCAUUACUGCUGUUGCACCAUAAGGGAAUUGGAGGACAAGGGAGCUGCAGACUUGCCAUAUGAGCACACGAUGGCCUACCCCAAGAGUUGUCCAUUAGUUUGUGUUGUUAUCCAAGUGGACCUCAAGUGUCUUCCAGUUUGUAUUUAAUUUUAGGACCGGACACAGAGUAGAAUUUGUAAGAUUCCAGAGACAGUUUAUUACAGUGCUUCAAAAACAUACAUGUCCCAGGUUCCCUACUUUAUUCAGUACAGUUGGUUUAAAACACUGAAAUGCAUUGUAUAAUUGCAUUGUUAUAUACUAUUGUUAUUGGAAUUCCAGUACAUGUAAUACGACUCAAAUAACAGUCAGUUUGUGAUGUGUAAAUUAUCAAAUAUAAUAAACUAUAUAUUUAACCAUC